AUUCCGUUCAUUCACUUGAAUUUAGUACGCGAACCAAGCAACCAGGCUGCUGACGGAGGUUCCCUUUGCCGUUUCGCACGCAGAAAAUCCCCAUUGGUUCCUUCGUUUCGCGUUGUUCCGUUUAAACUCGUUAGGCAUUUCGUUUACCGCGAAACAAUCGCAAAACAGUAGCCAUCCGAACGUGUGCGUGUGUGUGUGCAUCCUAUUUUCGUUAAUGUGCUAUUAGUUUUUCACGUCCAGCGCGCCCUUGUAUCCUGUCUUGCGGCGUGCAUCCGCCAAACGCAAUCGAUCUCAGCAACCGAUCUCUGGCCUCUCAACACAGGAAGAAAAAGCUUCGACUUGUUUGAAAACGUAACCGAAAUCGGCCACACAAGAUUAGCGGACUGCCGAGCGCACGUGUACACACACGCGUUAUCGGUCGUUUCAGUACUACGUGCAUUUAAGUGUUGUUUUGUGCAUGUGUGUAUUCGUCGUGCAUACCUGGGGGAAAAUAUGUGUCUUUGUCAAAAACGCGGUCAAACGAAAGGGCUUCGGAAAGCCAGAUAAAACGACGGCAAACCAUUAGCGGAGCAUCGGCAUAACCUAACAGUGGCAAACAAAAAUGGUACCCACUACUAACAAUUGCUGGCCAUCUUUUUUAACCCACCCGAAGAGGAAGUGUCGUAACGCGUGAGAAUCAACAAAGAAGCCGACGAUACAACAGUGUAGGUUGCUUAGAAGGGCGAAAAGCAAAGCGUACUAGAACAAAAGUCGACGAACCAACUCAAUAUCCGAAGCGCUCGUGUGUAUAGUAGAGAGUGAUCAUCCUUCCAUUGGUGCUAAUUAGCAAGCUUCCCGUUGCUAGCGAUGUGUUUCGGUCGUUUUGUUUCACUAAGUUGAAAGCAAAACGCUCUCACUGUCACGUGUGUGUUGUGUGCGAAGUCCAGUACCCUGGCAGAAGGAAAAUAUAGUACAAAAAUAUUUAUUUUGUUCAAUCGCUUAAAGUACGUCAAAAAUUCGCAAAAAUUUCCUUUAAAGAAAAAAAACAUACGCGUUCGAGAAGCGAAAGGAAAGCAGUGUGAUAAAUCUUGAGUGUCACAAGCAGUGUAAAAGCCCCCACAGCCUCCGAUACAGAAAUCGGAUGCGACCGCAUAGAAAUCCUCAUCGUUUUCGAUCCAUCCACGGCAUAUGAAGAUAGUAGUAGGCUAAGUCCUUUGGCUGCACGAAAUACGAACGCCAAUAACGUCAACUACAACAGCAAUCGCCAUCAGUAUUGUACCAGUAGUGUGUGUGUGCGUGUACUUGGAUAUUUGCCGCAUCGUCGGGGAUAAAGAUCAUCAUCGUUGUCCCUGAUUAGUACUACAUCAAGCGAAAGCGUGGAACAGAAGCGAGAACAAGACCACAGACCCAAAAGACAGCUAAAUGGAAGUAGCACGAAAAAGAUACAAAUCUAGCCGGGGUCCGGUGUUAAGGUCAAGCGAACGUCGCCGUCCACAGAGUAUAUCGUCAUCCACCCCCGCAUUACUGCCGCGCGUGGUCCUGAACCGCAUCGAUCCGAGAGACUGUGAGCAGCGUAUUCGCGUAUCGUACAAGGUUGCCAUCCGUAGCACCAGAAGCAGUCGCACAAAUAACACCAGCAGUAGUCACAGUGGCAUGAAUAUGGGCCAAAAAAUCAGUGGCAGCGUCAAAACGGUCAGCCGUGAUCAGCCGUCCCCGUUCAUUCCGAAGAUUCCCCGCGAACUGGCAGCCCAUUUCCAGCGUCCAGCUCGGCUCGAUGUGCUGCUCGAUAUGCCUCCGGCGCCUCGAGAAACGCAGCUCAAGUACUCGUGGAACUCGGAGGACCGAUCGCUAAACGUGUUUGUGAAGGAGGACGACAAAAUGACCUUCCACCGGCAUCCGGUGGCACAGAGCACAGACUGCAUACGGGGCAAGGUGGGCUUCACCAAGGGCCUGCACGUGUGGGAGGUGACCUGGUCGACACGGCAGCGUGGCACGCACGCGGUGAUCGGUGUGGCGACCGCCGAAGCUCCCCUGCACUCCGUAGGUUAUCAAAGUUUAGUCGGCCUAAACGAGCACAGCUGGGGCUGGGACCUGGGACGCAACAAACUGUUCCACAACUCCAAGUCCUGUCCGGGCGUCACCUAUCCUGCGAUACUGAAGUCGGAGGAAACAUUUCUGGUGCCGGACAAGUUCCUCGUAGCGCUCGACAUGGACGAGGGUACGCUCAGCUUUAUCGUCGAUGGCCAGUAUUUGGGUGUGGCGUUCAAGGGACUGAAGGGACGUAAACUUUACCCGAUCGUGUCAGCCGUCUGGGGGCACUGUGAAAUAACGAUGAAAUACAUUGGCGGACUAGAUCCCGAACCGCUACCACUAAUGGAUCUCUGUAGGCGCGUCAUUCGCCAGAGAAUCGGCCGGACGUAUUUAGAGGAACGUAUACCAAACCUAGCCCUGCCGCAGUCGAUGAAAACCUAUCUGUUGUACCGGGAUCGAAGAUAAUAAAACGUCCCACAAGUGAUGGUAGACAUGAUGGGAGAAGGGGGAGGGGCCUCGCUGAGCUCGAUAAGGAGAAAACACCAUCGUCACCAAGGAACAAGACAGUAAACAACAACAAAACUUACCCCUCUUCAAAAACAGUUCAACCCGAUCCCUCAGUUAGCAACAACGUACAUCGGCUGCGACGCGCAGAAAUGUUGGUGUCGUCAUAGAUAGCGUGGCUGUUGGGUCCUUGUGUUCUUAUUGUUUACCUUUAUCUUCAUCAACCGCCGAGGAUACGCUUCCCAAACACCUCCAGCAUGUGCCAGCAAACAGACCCCCGAUUCGACUUUGGCGGCGCGAAAUGACCAACACCGUGACGUGUGUGUGUGGCGCACCGGAAUCGGAUCGGAUAUAUUAUCAGCAAAUAUUAUCUUGACGGGGGCGAAGAAGCAGCAAGAAGCGCAGUGAUAGUAUUCGCAAGCGAACAUAGUUUUACGAUCAUAACAACCGACCAAGGCAGCACGGCUAUUAAGUGUAGAUUAAUAAUUGUGACCCUGCCUGCGUGGCCAAGAUUAUGAUAGCUACUAUUACGAAUAUUUCUUUGCUAUAAUUAUGGAAUUUUUAGGACGAGGCAAAAGCGCAUUACACAUAUACUACGAAAAAGGCACGAAAGGUGUCUUGGACAGCUACAAAUGACCGAGUCUUGAGCUUGCGGGCGUCGAGAGCUUGUUUGCUGGUACGGUCUGUGGGUAGUGGACCAUAUAUAGUUUUGAUUUAUUUGACAACCCUGUACUAUUUGUGAUAAAAAAGAUAGCGUAACAACAUUCAACGAAUUCGUUUGUAUGAGGCGUAGCAUGAAGCAAGCUCCCGGUACAACGGUGAGGACACUGUGCUGUAAAGGAUCAAAUGGUCGAUGCUGCUGACUGAGAGAGAGAGGAACCGUUGGCAGUUGCCGGCAUGCAUGCGUAUUCCUAGCAGGUUCGAUUACAGUCAUGGGCAUCGCGAGAUCCACUUCUCUACCCUCAGCAGAACGUGGUUAAAAGCAAUAAUUACUGAUAGACAGGCUAGGGCGACAAGUUGAAAGAGAGGUGAGACGUGGCUGUGGUGACCAUCGCCUUUCGCACAAAACUCUUACCACACCCGGAACAGCACAACCUCUCAUUAUACAUUUACAUACAUAGCAGCUACACCAGGACCACUCCAAGAGGAAGAGAGAGAGAGAGAGAGAGAAAGAGGGGCAGGAGAGCCUCUGGUUGGGACGAAUAGUGGCAUAAUUGAUCGACAACCGAUGCAAUAACUUUCCCCAUUCUUUGCAGUGUGUGUUUGUGUGUGUUGGUGUGCGUGAGGGGAUGAAAACACACACACGAAAGCAUGAGCGCCUACAACAGGACCGUUAGCGUUAAAGACGUUGCAGGGUGUGUGAACGGAAACAAUGAAGAAGAACCUAACACGACUGGCAUCGAAGCUUAUCGUACGUUAUGGGGAUUAUUCACAAACAUGUUUUAGGCAGAGUUCAAGCUCUGGCGAAAGCUUUUUGUAAGAUAAUCUCAAGAACCGAUGGUGGGCAGAACGGAUGGAACCGAACAGGCGCGAACGCGAUGCUGUCGUUUAGUAUUUAAAAGGAUAGCGCUUCCAAGACCGACGCGACUCCAGACAUGACCGGACUGUACCACGACGUUAACAACCAUCCACCACCACUGACUGACCAUCCGUGUGUCAUAUGGCGCUGUUCCUUUGAUAUGCUUGUCAUCUCCGGUCACCUUCAACAGACAACCGCUUUACGUUCUUCUGUAUUGCACUGCUCUCGCGGCAUUCUGCAGCUGUAGCCAAUUUUAAAUUUAAUUCUUCGAUGCAUGAUGCAUGUACACCGGUACCAGGUGUGUGUACGUGUUUUAGAAUUGUCUUGUUGUUUUUUUUUUGUUUUUAUCUUUUUUUACGUUCAGUUUCUGCGUUCUCGUAUCCCAAACUUCCAACCCGCAUUGAGACUUGCACUGUGUUCCUCUGUGCAAUCGCGGCUGCGAUGUGACGUGUGGUCCUUUCCUGCUUUCCCUUCGACUGUCUGAUGUUUUCUGCACCAUCCAGCGCCCAUUUUGGGAGAUUGACAAAAUGAAUGGUUCGUUGUUGGGACCUUCAUUAGAAACUACUACACACGCAACAACUACUCACGUACCCUUCCUUCCCUCCCCCCAAACGGACUAGCAAUCACGGCGGAAAAGAGUAUCGAUAAACUGUGUUCUGUUUUUUUAUAAGCUUUUUUUUAACAACAAAACAAAAAAAUAUGUAAAAUAGUUUUUUUAGUGAAAGAAUAACAGAUAUUGUAAACGUGCAUAUGCGACGUGUGAUCGAGCCAGAAUAGAGAGAGAGAGAGAGAGAGCGAGAGAGAGCGAGAGCGAUAGAGAGAUAGAGUGAACGAGAACGAGUGUGCGUGAUACGGAAUGAAGGGCAAACAUCCCUAAAUCAGGCGUAAUGGUUGGCAAGGAUAGCCACCACGUGGAAUGCAAGAAAGGACACGCUGUGUGUGUAUGUGCGUGUGGGACUGAAUGAUUGCGGGGACUUUUGUGUGUGUGUGUGUGCGGGAGGAUGAUUUGGGAUGGAGGUUCUUAGGGGAGAGAUUAUAAUACUACUACUGCCUGUGUGUGAAUGGGGCGGCCGAGUGUGUUCGGCAUUCGAUCGAAGUGUGAAUGAGCCAUGGAAUUACUCCGGCCGAGCCGAGUGCAAGCCGGAGGAGAGACAGAGAGAGAGAGAUAGAGAGAACAUUGCGAAUGAAUGUGGCGCUAGGGGAAAAGGCAACGAAUAGACAAGAAAAUAUCCUUCCGCAGACACGUGUGCGGAUACAAAACGUAUAUAUAAUAUAGAGCAAAAUGUGAGAAAGAUUAAGCGAGAGUUUAGAGAAAACAAACGAAACAAAAACAAAAAAUCACACAGAAGCUUGACAGAACGAAUGCUCGAGUCGAGGACAGAGUCGAUAGGUAAGAUGUGUACGCGAGAAUGAAGAGAGAAAGCAUUAUAAGAGCGCGCCCUUCCGUUAGUGUGUGCAUUUAUCGAGUGAAUGACUCCCGAUGAUGAUUCCUCUUGUUUAAUAAAUCUACUGGACUGACAAUGUGAGAAAAA